AUGAAGUUCGUGGAGACUACGCCCAGUAAUGAAUUCACGGGUCAUUUCAGCAUCUACCGCGACGCCACCCUGCCCAUGGGAGGCUACACUUAUAUGCCGCUGUCGAACGCGUCAUCGUCCUGCCACAGUUACGGCGUUGACGGGACAUCAGGUCGCAACCAGACCAAAUCUAAAGUUUUUCUUACUAUUUUCACGACUUGGGACAGUAACGACAAAAAAGAUCAGGUACACGCCAAUACGCUCCUUAACUGGCAAUCUCUUAAAGGUGAUAUCCGAGUUAUCGUUUUUAUAAAUGAUAGUUUAAACAAUUUCCCUCUUUGUACAUGCCCCGACUGUGAGUUGUGGCCGGCUCCUGUGGUUGGUGAAUCAGGAGUUCCUGUGUUAAAACAUAUGUUCAUGUACGUAACGCGUAACGUGAACAGUACCUAUUACUCCUACGUGAAUUCGGACAUUGUGUUUAACAACAACCUUAUUCGGACGCUUCAGAUAAUCGAGGCGCGCGUUAACUUCGCCAUCCGACCCGCGUUUAUUGUCGGUCGUCGUACGAACGUUAUUAACCUAACCGCUGACGAAGCGGCUAGUUCGAAAAACUUAGAACAGGCCGCAAGAUCACGAGCUCAGCUAUCUACAAUCAAACCCAGUUCAAGCUCUUUCUCCCCCUCCCCUCUCUCGCUCGAAAGUUUUCUUUACGUCUAUUUUCCUCUGUUCAUUGUAUUUUUUUUGAUGAUCAACAUAAAUUCCAGUAGUUCUAUCUAUGAUGACGUGUUCUCGUUAGUUGAUGAGUUAUACAAACAUUUCGACUGUUUUCUUCUUAGGCAAUUUUUCAGUUAA